AUGAAAGCUCACCCCGACGAUGUCGUGCAUUUCGGUCAUGAUAAUCAUGCAUCACAGCUGGUCCCGGCGGCAAUGCGCCUCCCAGUCGAGAUCCUGCACUACAUCUACGAUCUUCUCGACCCAUAUGAUUUCAAUGCUGCACGCCACACCUGCCGACCCUGGUUCUGUGCGGGCUUGAGUCGCACUAUUCUCGUCACUAUGCUCAAGCGAGGGGGAUGGUGGUCCAGCAUCAACACUAUCAUCGAUGUGGAGCAAAACAAGCCCAUGCUUGAGACCCACGAUCAGGAUCCGAACCAAGAGUGGAUUAUGUCCAAGUGGCUCGCCAGAGAGUGUACGUUGGGCCUCGGUCAUCGCGGCCCCGAACCUGCCUUUGUCGAAGUCAGUCAGACGCAAUUCAUCGACUUCAGAUCUGAUGCUUCGACACCCGGGAUCGAUGACGAUGCCAAAUACACCGCAAGUAUGUGCGGCCGCUUCCUAAUGGCCAGCUACGGUUGCACCAUCUAUGUUUACGAGCUGAACCAUCGAUGCAAAAACACCAAGUCUCCCAGAGUUCUCUCCUGUGCCAUGGACACAUCUUGGGGACGCUACUCUAUCGCCGCCGUUCUCGACGGCCGAAACGGCUUCGUCUGUGACACCACAGGUCUGAUGCCAGGAAAAGAGGAAAGCUCUCAAUUGUGCGUCUGUCGCGGGCGGUCACCUUCACUGCCGCCUCCUAUCGAGACAGGACCCAGAUCCAUCUAUCGAAAUAUUUGCACGGCCGACAACCCGCCACGCUCGGUUGCCAUUUGCCCCCAACGUUUUUGCGUCGCUUUUGGCUCCUCGUCUGCUGUCGAACUGCACUGGGUUGACAGCCAAACCAACCGAGAUCUGGUCCGCCGCUUCCCGCUGUCCACCCGCAGCGACUUUGUCUACUUUCUCCCGCCCCGGCCGGCAGUUGACUCAGCCAAGAAGCUUCGACUCAUUAGCUCAGCAGCGGCAGCGGACUGCAGCUCGAGCUCGAUGCAUCUAAUACUGGGGGCGCUGGGCGGAAGUUUUGGCGGAUAUCCUCCAGAAGUCCCGGCUGUCAUCUCGCGUCUUGAGACAUCCGCUGCUGCCUCCGAAACAGACACAUCGAGUGUCUACACAAUCACAGAACAGCAACUGAGUGCCUCAAUCAGCCCUCCGCCAUUCCGCAAGACAACCUGGAGGGGGUGGGAGCGAAGGCUUCCUAGACAUAGGUCCACUGCUGUGGACAGCUACAGGGCCGUGCCCCUGAGCGACGGCUCUCAUAUCCUCUUCACGGACCCAAGGACCGGAUACUUGUGCCUGGGCGCUGAUUCGCCGAUCGGGUCGAUGACUCGUCUCCAGAGAAAGGUGCAGUUUUGCCCACCUCCCACGGCUUGCUCGAAUGCUCCAACCCUGUGCGCUGUGGGAGCCAACCUGGCCAACGGAGUCAGAAUUGCCGCCGUGUUCCCCAUAGCACGAUGGGUGGACCAGCUUGGUUUCCAGUCGGAAAAACAGCUCCUGGUCUUUUACACUUUACCCCCGGAUAUGUUCAAAGAUAUCUCCCGCUUCGCCAACCUGGCUGACAUGCUUGAUCGCCCAAUGCCAGACUGGGUUGCGUGGUGGCCAAUACCUGGACGUCAAGAUGCCGCUGUGACCCAUUUUAGUGGCCCCGAGACGCCAUACCUCCAACGCUCCGGGCCAUCGUAUCCCAUUGAUGUUCACGGACAGCCUGUUGCCGUUUGCUCCGGCCUCGUUGAUCUCGCAUUAGACACAGGUCCUGAUAUGCUGGUCUGGGCAUUUAGUGGAGAUGGUUCGGCUCGUUGCUGGGCACUCAACACCGGGAACACGAAAGGAGUGCGACGAAGCACAGUUUUAAGAGAUGGAAGCAUGCGAGCGAUGGAUGGGGACGGAGAUGUUUUCAUGGACGAUGCGGGUUUGAAUCUUCAGGCGGAAGGCAUUUCGCCGACUGCAGCAAGGCCGUUGACAUUAGAUGAGGACGAUGUUGUGAGAGCGGGGUUCCUCGAGAACAUACAGGGUGUGGCGAGGUUAGAUGUUGACCUUCGCUGA